AUGGUACCCCAUCAACAACAACAGCAGCAGCAGCAAAACCAACUAGGUUCAAAUGAUCAAGAUAGUAGUGGUGGUGACAGUGGGAAAGGAAGCAUUCUGUGCAGGCAAAGUAGUACACGGUGGAGUCCCACCACUGAGCAGAUUAGAAUAUUGAAGGAGCUUUACUACAACAACGGAGUUAGGUCCCCUAGUGGUGAUCAGAUUCAGAGGAUUUCUGCUACACUUAGACAGUACGGUAAAAUCGAAGGCAAGAAUGUGUUUUAUUGGUUUCAGAACCACAAGGCUCGUGAGAGGCAAAAGACUAGGCUCUCCUCUUCCACAACUCAUCAUCAUCAUGUCCCCAUGCAUAAACCUACCAGUUCCACACUUGCAAAUAACAACAUAGCUCCUGGUUAUUCCCCUUCAUCUUCUUCUUCAACUGGAGUGAUUACUGUUGGGCAAAUAGGGAACUUUGGGUAUGGGUCUAUCACCAUGGAAAAGAGUUUUAGGGAAUGCUCAAUAUCAGCAUAUGGUAGCCGUACAGAAAGUGCAUAUUCUUCGCCUUACGAUUUCUUCGAGACGAAAAGAUUUAUCAAUGGGAAACACGAAGAGGGACAAGAGGAUGAAGAUUAUUAUUAUUAUUAUGAAGAAGAAGCUGAUACAGGUCCACGAAUGGAAACCCUGCCUCUCUUCCCCAUGCACGGCGAGGACAUCAGUGAGUUUUGCAGUAACAUGAAACCCGAGCCAGACAGCCGCUACUUUGGGUGGUACAGGUCCGAAGAUGGUUACACCGCCUCUCGAGCUUCACUUGAGCUCAGCCUCAGCUCGUAUACUGGCAGAUCACAGGAUUCCAUCUAAUGAAAUAUAUUAUGAUGUCUACUAUCUUCCCAAUUAGCUACU